AUGACUUCAGACUCGACUUCUACUCCAGUUGUUCCACAGACCCAGCUCACCCUUGGCUCCAAGGUCAUCGCAAUCACAGGAGCAAACCGCGGCAUCGGUCUCGGCGUCGCCGAAUGCUGCCUCGUCAAUGGAGCCGAAAAGGUAUACUCGAUCGACAUCGGCGAAACAGGCGAUGAGUUCGCCGCCCUCUCAAAACGCUUCCCAGGUCAGCUAUUCGCCGUGACCGCCAAUGUCACACAAGAGGAAACAAUCACAGCAGCCGUCGAUAAGAUCAUCGCCGAAGCCGGUGCACUGCACGGAAUGGUCGUCAACGCCGGCCGAACCCACCACAAGGCAGCCCUUGAUUUCACUAAAGAAGAGAUCGAGAAUCUGUUCAAUGUGAACUUAUUCGGUGCAUUCUAUACCGCUCGUGCUGCCGCCCGUGCUUUCAUCAAAUUGGGUAUCAAGGGCUCGGUUGUUUUCACUGGUUCUAUGGCUUCUUACCGUCCGAAUAAGCGCGUCCCCUCAACACCAUACGGCGCCUCCAAAGCCGGAAUCCGUAAUAUGACGCACACUCUCGCAAUGGAGUGGGCUCAGUACGGUAUCCGUGUUAAUAGUGUCUCUCCCGGUCUGGUCAAUACUGCUAUGACUUACUGGGUACCCCAGCAGCCAGACUGGGAGCAGCAGCUCAAGUACUAUGGGGGGUUCCCUCGUCUUGCGGAAGUGCAGGAGCUCGGUGGUGCGUAUGUUUAUCUGCUUAGUGAAGCUGCUAGUUAUACGACUUCUAUUGACAUCCCCGUGAAUGGUGUUAUUGGUAUCUGUUGA